AUGGCUGCAGGAGUUUUGCUGCAAAGUGAACUACCGUAUUCUUCGUUGCUAGAGAGCAGUCUGUAUCUUGCAAAUAUGAGUUCAGGAAGUUCGAGGCGUCCAACAGCAAAAUACACUAAAGUAGGGGAGCGCCUUCGCCAUGUCAUUCCUGGUCACAUGCAGUGCUCAAUGGCAUGUGGUGGACGUGCUUGCAAGUAUGAAAACCCAGCUCGGUGGAGUGACCAGGAGCAAGCCAUUAAAGGGCUCUACUCUUCUUGGAUAACAGAUAAUAUAUUGGCUAUGGCUCGACCCUCAACAGAAUUAAUUGAAAAGUAUAACAUUAUUGACCAGUUUGAAAGAUGUGGCAUAAAAACUGUAAUUAACCUUCAGUGUCCUGGGGAGCAUGCAAGCUGUGGGAAUCCACUGGAACAAGAAAGCGGCUUCACCUACCUUCCUGAAGCUUUUAUGGAGGCUGGAAUUUAUUUUUAUAAUUUUGGAUGGAAAGAUUAUGGAGUGGCAUCUCUCACUACUAUACUCGAUAUGGUAAAAGUCAUGGCUUUCGCCUUGCAGGAAGGGAGGGUAGCUGUUCAUUGUCACGCAGGACUUGGUCGGACAGGUGUUCUAAUAGCUUGCUACUUAGUUUUUGCAACAAGAAUGAGUGCUGAUCAAGCAAUUCUUUUUGUGAGAGCAAAAAGGCCUAAUUCUAUUCAGACUAGAGGGCAGUUAUUAUGCAUCAGAGAAUUCACUCAGUUUUUGGUUCCUCUGAGAAAUGUAUUUGCAUGCUGUGAGCCCAGGGCACACACAGUGACACUGUCCCAGUACCUGACCCGUCAGAGACAUCUGCUCCAUGGUUAUGAGAGUAGGCAUCUCAAAAACGUGCCAAAACUUAUUCAUCUAGUUUGCAAAUUGUUGCUGGACUUGGCUGAAAACAGGCAAGUGAUAGAGGCAGAAUUGUUAGAUAUAGCAGACCUCUCAGCUGAAAUUGAAAAGACUGUUUCUCAGUUGGCAUCCACACAGAUAGAUAGAGAACUCACAAGGCAGGACAGUGAUACAUUGGACUCCUCCCACACUCACUCGUCCACUUUCGAGACCCAGGAUUCUCUUUUCUCUCUGGGACAUGAAUGUGAUCCUCUUUGGAAACGAAGGAAUGCCGAAUGCCUUCAACCUCUUACUCAUCUGAAAAGGCGUUUAAGCUAUAGUGAGUCAGAUUUAAGGAGAACUGAGUUUCUUUUAGAACAAGGAGAUACUGCAUGGACAGUACCUGCUCAGAUACUACUGUGCAACAAACUUAAGCAGAACAGCGGUGAGGAAUGCUCUGCCACAGGUGAACAAAAGCCACAGUUGGAUUUAAACAAAGAAGCGUUAGUGCGUAAUACGUGUAUGUUCUGGAGUCAAGGUAAAUUUAAUUUGGGUGGACGAAAAGAUGGAUCCUCACUUUAUCACAGAAGGAACUCUACCAAAGAAGUACAGCGCAGCAGAACCUUUUCUUCAGGUCUAGCAUCUAUCCACAAUACCAGGGAACCUGGAACGCCAAGGCAUAAUUUUGCCAGUGAGAUUGGUCAUAGAAAAGACCGCAAGACUAAUACGUAUAGCAGAAGAGUCUAUGUCUCCGAGGACUCUGAUUCUUCUUCUAAAGUGAACUUUUCCAUUGGAUAUGAGAGCCAAGGUAGCAAACAUGUGUCAGAGGCAAUUCCACACAUUGUCUUGCAGUCAGAAUUAAGUUUGGAAGCCCGAAGAGUUUUGGCAGCAAAAGCGCUGGCAGAUAUAAAUGAAUUUCUGGAAGAAGAAGAAGUGAAGCAGAAGGUAGAAAUGUGGCAGAAAGAACUGAAUUCUCGAGAUGGAGCUUGGGAUAAAAUCUGUACCGAGAGAGAUCCUUUUAUCCUCUGUAGCUUGAUGUGGUCCUGGAUAGAGCAGCUGAAAGAACCUAUUAUAUCCAAAGAUGAUAUUGACAUGCUGGCAAAAAAUUGCACAGAAUCACAGGAUGCACUUUACUUACUGAGAAAGGAACAGUGUCAGACUAUCCUUUGUAUUUUACACUGUGUGGUGAACUUGCAAACGCUACCAGUUGAUGUGGAGGAGGCCUUACUGGCUCGUGCUAUUAAAGCUUUCACUAAGACAAGCUUUGAUUCUGAAAAUGGACCGUAUGUUUACAAUACCUUGAAAAAAGUAUUUAAACAAACACUGGAAGAAAAAAGAAAAAGGUUCGAUGAAGGAACAGAGAAUCCCUCUUGAUUUCUGCACAGCUAUACCAAAGAAUUAGAGGGAGUUUUAGUGACAGUUGUUCUAUCUACACAGUUCUAAAGAACAGCUCCUGUGUGACCGUACUGUAGCAUUUGGUUUCAGGUACUAUGC